UCUCUCUCUCCUCCCAUCCAGGCCAUCCGCCGCGUGCAGGAUCCGCAGAGGGUUUAUCAGGAGAAGCUCCCGGACCACAUGGAAGAUGGUAUGAAGCACCAGGACCCAGGGAUGUAUAAAGGAUCUGCGUACUCUGGCUACCCCUUCCUCAUGCUCUCAGACCCCUAUCUGCCAAACGGAUCUAUGUCACCUCUGUCCAACAAAGUUCCUGUCGUGCAGCCGUCCCAUGGAGUGCACCCGCUCACACCGCUCAUCCCCUACAGCAACGACCACUUCAGCCACGGUUCCCACUCACCCCAUCUGCCCGCUGACAUCAGCCAGAAGCAAGCAGUGCAUCGGCCUUCCCAGACCUCCGACAUCCCCGGCUUCUACCCGCUCCCCCCGGCUGGGGUCGGCCAGAUCACGCCCUCCAUGGGAUGGCAGAGCCAGUCUGUCUAUCCGCUCCCGUCAUGUGGAUUUAGACAGCCGUAUUCGUCAGCGCUUUCUGCUGGGGCUUCUUUCUCCAGGUUCACUCACCCGCUGAUGCUGGGCUCCAGCAUGCACACCACUGGCAUCCCACACCCCGCCAUCGUGCCCCACUCUGGCAAGCAGGAGAUGGAGCACUACGACCGCAACAUGAAACCUCAGCCAGAACCAAAGAGAGAGAAGGAAGCCAAGAAGCCCACUAUCAAGAAGCCCCUGAAUGCUUUCAUGUUGUAUAUGAAAGAGAUGCGGGCGAAGGUCAUCGCUGAAUGCACGCUGAAGGAGAGCGCGGCCAUCAACCAGAUCCUGGGAAGGAGGUGGCACGCGCUGUCCCGGGAGGAGCAGGCCAAGUACUACGAGCUGGCACGCAAGGAACGGCAGCUCCACAUGCAGCUCUACCCCGGCUGGUCUGCGCGGGACAACUACGGGAAAAAGAAGAGGCGGACACGGGAGAAGCAGCAGGACUCCAACUCAGAUCCUGCCUCUCCUAAGAAAUGCAGAGCUCGCUUUGGCCUCAACCAACAAACGGACUGGUGCGGCCCGUGCAGGUGUGUAUCACAUCUCCACCUCGCGGGGUUCUCCUGGGCUGCGGGUCUGGCACUGCUUUCUGCUCCUCCGCACACCAGGGAUGCUCCUGCAGGGCUCUGUCUGGGCACCCGUGGUGGCUGUUGUCCCUGAGCUGCAAGGGCAAUGUCCCUGUGAUGCCAAUGAGCAUCCCUGGAGUUAAAAGCUACUUUCCAGAUCUGCCUCUGUGACCGUGGUGUGGGGCUUUCCACCCAUUUACAAACACCCCUUGAGGGCCAGUUGUGAGUGGUGAAGGUCUUUGCUAAUUUUCCUGAGGUUUUUGCUAUUUAUCCUAGAGGUAACCAUGUAUGUUGAGAUGCAACUUGUUGGUUUGCAGCACCCAGCAUGGAGUGGGAAAACCCCAAGCAAGGAGCUGGUUUGCAAACGUUCCACACCUUGGGUUUCUAGGGCAUGACCUCAGAAUGAAUGUGCUUAUUGCAGCUUGAAGCGGGGGAAAUCAUUCAGUCCAUCCAAAUCUGAAUCCUGGAGCAAAUCCCCAGCAGUUGGGGUCACCGGGUCCCUCGUGGCUGAUGUGGGCUGAGUGAGGACCGGUGCCUCCCAGACCCAGCAGAUCGCAAAGCCCCAGGUAUGAGCAAGGAGGUUUAGCUUAGGAAUCCUUAGGUUUAGGUUUCCCCGUCCCUGCAGACAGCCCAGGUGAGGCUGGGGUUCUCUGAGCACUGACGGAGCUGUGGGUUUCCCUGCUUAUUGUGGGGAGGGGGACCAGAUAGCCUUAAAGAUCCCUUCCAACCCAGACAAUUCCAAUUAUGCGACUUCAUUUGAACUCUCCUCAUUCAGCUUUGGCUCUAAUCCUCUGCAUUGCUUCCAGUUAACACAGCCUGCUGAGUUUGUAGACCUUAGCAUGCUUUUUUAUUUAACUUUUGCCUUUCAAAUGCUACUUAGUCACAUCUUUUCUGCAAUUGCUUGUACUAACGGACUGCUGCUAGUUCAAGGGCUUCUGUCCUCCCUGCAGUGGUCACAAACACCUGUAGAGAGCAGCUCCCACCUGAGGUUCCUACUCCACAGGACUAACUGGUGAAAAAUGGGUGUUCCUGGCUGGAGGUUUCACCCUUUCACCAGGACAAGAUGCUGCAGGGUGCUGUAGUUCCUAAAGGACAGGGAUGCAUCCUUUUAGCUGUAUAGGAGCCGUGCAAGCUUUAGUAUCAAAUCUGCUUCUCCAUCAUUUUAAAUCAAAUUGAAUCAACACCUCGAUGAAUCAACUGAUAGAUUCCUGUCAUCCUACAAGGAAGUCAUGGAGGCUCUCCAUCCUGCAGCUGCUCCUGAAUUGCCUGUAGGAAGCACGGCUCAUCCUGGGGCUUCACUGCUCUGGGAGCUGCAGCCCACAUAGCAUUCCAUGUUCCUUUCAGCAGCGCUGUCGUGUUUCGUGCCGUCUUAAUUGGGUCACCCCAGCUAACGAUGCCACUGACAGCAGCAAUGCCAUUUCUCUUGUUCGCAGCCAGUGCAAAGUCGUGUUUAAUACUGGGCUUCUUAAUGCAUAUUCCAUCACUGUGUCGUUUUUCAUUAGUGAGAUCAAAGAGAGGUGUGUGCCUGAUCAGCCAGUUCUCCAUUUGAUCUGUUUUCCUCGGCUGAGACAGUCCAGGCAGGGAGCUGAGCAGAAGGAAGGGUUUCUUUCUGCCUGUUGUAGCUGUGCUGUUGUUAUCAGUGCCUCGAGCGGGGAAUCGCUCCCUCACCACUGUUAGGGGACAUCCUCAGAGCUCUGUGCUUUGGAACCAUGGAUGGCUUUCCGGGUGGGUGGAGGUCAGAGGCUUUUGCUGCAAAGAAAAGCAGCCGACAGGUAACAUACUGCACACAAGGCUAGGGCCGUGGUAGGAAACGCGCUGCAGGUAGAAACGCUCAGAAGAGUUCGGGUCGACUCGCUUCUCCUUAGGAAGAAAGCCAACAAGCGAUGCGGAGCGCACGUCGCGGCACGGCCUCAGCCGGCACCGCU